UGGCUGCGCCUAUAGCGCAGUCGUGGUGCAUAGCAUCAGGUCAUUUCUAAGAUAUUUAGAAACGAAACGUGAUGUUUUUGAUAUCGAUAACAAGUUUUAUGCUGAUGUGAUAACAACGCGGAAACAGGCGACUGAAAUAAAACCGAGAUACAAUCAUGCAGGUUUCCAUGGGAAAACUGUAUCCGCUGUGUGCAGCCUGGUCUUGUAAAGGCAGGGCGGACCUCCUGAGUUCAGGACUCCGGUAUCUCACCCCCUGCAUCCGAACCCUGUUCAGUGAAACUGGAGUGUGGGACAAAGACUAUCGAACUGACACUAGACGCAAAGUGGAAGAAUGGUGGCGCCCACGGAUUAUGGCACAGUGGCAGAAAGAUAAGGCGGAGGAGAAUUUCAGCAAGAAGAAGUUUUAUGUCCUCUCCAUGUUUCCUUACCCAUCGGGACGACUACACAUGGGCCACGUGCGAGUGUACACCAUCAGUGACACCAUAGGCCAUUUUCAGAGAAUGAGAGGACAUCAGGUGCUGAACCCAAUGGGUUGGGAUGCUUUUGGACUUCCUGCUGAGAAUGCAGCAAUAGAGAGAGGUCUUGACCCAGAGGAGUGGACUAAAAGUAACAUACAGUCCAUGCGGGAGCAGCUGGACAGCCUUGGGCUGUGCUUCAACUGGGACCGGGAAGUGACCACUUGUCUUCCAGACUACUACAAGUGGACACAGUAUUUGUUUAUCAAGCUCUUUGAAGCCGGACUGGCCUAUCAGAAAGAGGCCGUGGUAAACUGGGACCCCGUUGAUCAGACAGUGUUGGCAGAUGAGCAGGUGGAUGAAAAUGGUCGGUCCUGGAGGUCUGGCGCUCUAGUGGAGCAGAAGUUGCUGACGCAAUGGUUCAUUAAAACUACAAACUAUGCAAAGCCUCUUCUGGAUGCUCUGCAGAACCUUCCAGAGUGGUAUGGGGUCAAAGCCAUGCAGGCAAAUUGGAUCGGAGAGUGCACUGGCUGCUACUUUGACUUCAAACUCAAGGUAAACGGUGAUGAGACGGGGGAAACCCUAUCAGCCUACUGCUCCUCCCCAGAGACGGUGUUUGGAGCAGCUUAUCUGGCCAUCCUGCCCUCCCACAGACUGCUCCAUGGUAGCAGCUCGAUCCGUUCUGUUCUGCAGAAAGCCUUUCAGCCGGGUAGAGACUCCCUUACAGAUGUUUGGGCUUACAACCUAUUCACUGGCCAUGAAGUCCCCCUCGUCAUCUCUCACAAGGAGGCUUUAGAUGGCUAUUUGGACACUGUGGUUUGUGUUCCAGACAACAGUGAGGAGGAUCUCUCUGUGGCCAAAGCUCUAAAUCUUAGUUGGAACACAGUGCUGAAAACCCAUGAAGAUGGUUCACAAACUCUUAUUAACUCUAAGGAGUUCUCAGGCCUUACCAGAGAGCAGGCCUUUGAUUCCAUUACCCAGAAAGCCAGAGAGGAGAAGAUCGGAGGCCACCUUACCAGCUCCAAGCUCAGGGACUGGUUGAUAUCCAGACAGAGGUACUGGGGCACACCCAUUCCUGUGGUGCAUUGUGGAUCCUGUGGUGCCAUUGCAGUCCCUGAGGAUGAGUUGCCAGUUACUCUGCCAAAGGUGGCAUCCCUCACAGGAAAAGGGGCGUCGCCUCUUGAAACUGCACAUGACUGGGUCAACUGCAAAUGUCCCAGAUGCAAGGGCCCAGCGAGGAGGGAGACUGACACCAUGGACACAUUUGUAGACUCAGCCUGGUAUUACUUUCGAUAUGUAGACCCUCACAAUGCAGACAGGCCUUUCGAGCGCAACCUAGCAGAUCACUGGCUGCCUGUAGACGUUUACAUCGGCGGCAAAGAACAUGCUGUCAUGCAUUUGUACUAUGCUCGCUUCCUCUGUCACUUCUGCAAGGAUCAAGGACUCGUGGCUCACAGGGAACCUUUUUGGAAACUCCUCGUCCAGGGUCUGAUCAAGGGCCAGACCUUUAAACUGGCAGACAGCGGCCAGUACCUGAAGAGAGAAGAAAUAGACUUCACAGAUAAGGAGCCAGUGGCGUUGAGCGGUAGCCGUAUUGAGGUGACAUGGGAGAAGAUGAGCAAGUCGAAACACAAUGGUCUGGAUCCGCAGGAGGUGGUGCAGCAGUACGGCGUGGACACAGUUCGCCUCUACAUCCUUUACGCUGCACCGCCUGAACAAGACAUCCUCUGGAAUGUCAAGACUGAUGCUCUUCCUGGGGUUCUGCGAUGGCAGUCUCGACUGUGGCAGCUGGUGACCAAGCUGAGAGGAGCGCGGGAACUCGGAGAUGUCCCCAACCCCUCCCUGCUGAAAAAGAAAGAGCUGGGAGAGGCCAGAAAGAUCUGGGGAAACAAGAACUAUGCAAUUCAAGAGGUGACCGCUCACUUCACAGAGGACUUCCUUUUCAACGCAGCCAUCUCUCGUCUAAUGGGACUCACCAACACGCUAAGUAGUGCAACAGUAAGGGUGUUGCAGCAUAGUGUGGAGUUUGAGGAAGCUCUGGCUGCCUUGGUUAUGAUGACGGCCCCCAUGGUUCCUCACUUGGCCUCUGAACUUUGGGCAGGUCUUUGCCAGGUGAAAAACCCCCAGAGCCCGAUCCUUCAGCGAGGAGGAGAUGUCCUACAGCAGUCCUGGCCGACUGUGGACUCCCAGUAUCUGGAGGUCCCUGACUUUGUGGAGCUGUCUGUACUGAUAAACAACAAGCCUUGUGGCACAGUGACUGUCCCUCUACAGGUGUCCAAAGAUUCCAGUCGGGUCCAGCAGCUGGUUUUGGAGAGUGCAAUAGGACAGAAAUUUCUGAGCGAGCGCAGCAUCAAGCGAGCCUUCCUGUCCCCCAGGACUGCCCUCAUCAACUUCCUUGUUGAUGAGUGACAUUUGGGUGGUCAUGUUUGCUGGUGAACUCUCAAACAGACUCCGUACAUAGACAGUUAAAAUAUUAAUAAGUUGUGAAUAAACAAAGGAUGUCUGUGUUGUAAAUAUUUCUCAGGACAUUUUAAUUAUAUUUUCUUGUUUUUAUUAAAAGAUUUAAAAAGCU